UGUUAGCGUGGCUAACUCUCACAGGUUAAAAGUACGUACAGUCAUGAACGUUAUUUCUGUUGUCGUAGUAAAGUAGAUUAGUCGUCAAAAGGAUAGUUCAUCCUUUUUUCACAUGACGUUUUCGUAAAUUACGGAAAGUGCGUCAGCAUGACUUCUGCAGCCCUAUUUGUUUCGCUGCUUUUCUUGCUCAACGCCCAAGCAAGUCCCGUGCCAAAUGUUCAACUUCCGAAGUUGUUAGUCGUCUCCUACGAUGCAUUCAGAUACGACUAUUUUGAAAGAAAUCUGACACCGUUUAUGAAUCGAUUAAAAACGGAGGGAACUUACACGGAUUACAUGGUAAACAUCUUUGUCACGAAAACCUUUCCCAAUCAUCACACGAUGGCAACGGGAUUGUAUGCGGAAACACAUGGGGUUGUAGAUAAUGAGUUUUACGAACCUGUCACAGGCAAUGUAACAAAGUAUUCAUAUGAGCUAUAUCAUUACGACAACAGUAUUCUUCCCAUUUGGACCAUUAAUGAAAAACAUGGCAGACACAGUGGUACAAUGAUGUGGCCAGGCUCUGCAUUCGAAUAUCAAGAAACGUCACCUACUUUUGCUCAAUCAUUUAAUGACACAAUCCCAUGGGAAAAAAGGAUUGACACAUUGAUCUCAUGGUUUGUACAUCCUACAAAUCCAAUAAACUUUGGAAUGUUAUAUAUUGAAGAGCCAGACUGUCAUGGUCAUGCCAUAGGAAUUAACAGUCCGGAAUUUAAUAAUAUUCUAAAGAAAUUAGACAAUAUCACUAGAUAUUUGCAUAAUAAAAUUGAUGAUUAUGGCUUGACGGAUCUUAAUGUAAUUCACUUGAGCGAUCAUGGCAUGGCGUCGGUCACAAUGGAGAGAAUAAUAAAUCUGACAAAUUAUGUCAAUACUAGUGAUUACAAAUUUGUAGGAACAUCACCAGGAUUGCAUAUUUUCCCACAUCCAGGAAAGGAAGAAAUGAUCUAUCAAAGUUUGAAGACUGCUGCAAACAGAACAAAGACGUUUAAAGUAUAUAAAAGAGAAGAUAUUCCGAAGAAAUAUCAUUACGGCAAUAAUACCCGUGUAGGACCUAUUUUUGUUAUAGCCGAAGUUGGAUAUGCGUUCCAAAAUCUUUAUGAAUCUAUAGAAUAUUACAAAAAACAUUUCAACGUGACUGUUAACAACCAGACGGAGUUCGGACUGCAUGGCUACAAUAACGAAGCUACGGAGAUGCAUCCAUUUUUUUUUGCAAAUGGGCCCGCCUUUAUACCGGGAUGUAAAUUAGAGCCUUUCAAUAACACGGAUUUAUUCCCACUGUUUUGUAAAAUACUCAAUUUGAAGUGUCCAACGGUUAAUGGCACUUUAUGUCACAUAACAAAGUGCCUUAGGUCACAGUCAAGGGAUAUAUCGUUAUCUACGUAUCGAAUGCUUUUUAUUAUGACUACCAUUAUAUUGCUAGGAAUUUCCGUAAUUUCGACAAUAAUUUACAAGAGAAGAAGAAGAGUAGAACAUGACCACAGGAAAUCGUACUAUACGUUAGGCGAGUAACGCGUAAACACAAUCUUUAUGUCUUUAUUGAUUUUUAAUUUAUGACUUAAUUUUCAAUAAAUAUAAAAAGAAAAAGAAAUAUUCAAGAAAACCUAUUGUGCAAGUUGUUCUACGAGAAUCAAUUUAAUUUUGUUGUAUUAUCAAGAACUUUAUCCACGCUAGAACGGGAUAAAAAUAUCAAGUACCUUUAAUAGGUAUGUGUUUAAAAGAAAUAUAGUAUUGAAUAAAAUAGAAAGUUUUAGAAAUUUAAACCGUUAAACAUUUGCUAAGAAUUGUAGAAUAAACCGGUGAUUUUCAAACUUUUUUUAUUCGGAGCACACUGCAAAGCAAAAAAUUUUAUUCUUCAUGUAAAAGAAUAGGAUUUAGGCUAGCUAUAUUAUAUAAUUCAUCAUGAAUGUGAUAAAUAUGUUUAUACACCGUCAGAAAAAAAAUAUACUAUAAAAUCAUAUUUCGCUUCAAACUUCAAUGACACGAUAUACUUUCGUAAGUCGUGGCGCACACAGCCACCUCUUGCGACGCGUCGUUUGAAAAUCACUGGAAUAUAUAUAAAAUAUAUUCUGAUAUAGCAAACUUCUAAAAAUAAUUCCUUUCAUUAUUAUUCAUCUGUGAC